GCAUGGCCCCUGAUGGGCUUGAUGGUCUUCUGAGACUAAGAUGGGUCAUCAGAUUCCCCGGGAGGGAAGAAUGGCCUUGGGGAGGCUGGCUCUGAGAUCCGGCAAGGCCCUCAACUGGCCUGUUUUAUGAGACCAGGGGUCUGGGUAGUGUGACCUUAUGCUGAGCCUUUGUGCCUAAUGCCUAUCCACCCCCCACCCCCGGCCUCCAGCCUAGUCUCAGCAGCCUUCCAGUUCCAGGCCUGUGGUCCCAUUUCUUAUGGCCCAGAGACGGCCUGGAGCUGCUGGGGGUGAGCACACAGCCCUGCUCUGAGGCGUGCCCUCUCCCACUUGUCCUGAUGUCCUCAAGCCAUUCCCCCAUGAGGGCGGCUGGUGGCAGAGGGGGCGCAAGGAUCCAGCUACUGGAGGCUAGUCUUUGUCACAGAGAAGGGAAUCUAGCCCUUGCCACAGCUCUUGCGGAAACACAAAGGGACUUCCAGCACAUCCCUCAAAACACUGACCCUGCGACCUUGCCAAGUUUUUCACAGGAGAAGUAAAAUCAGUCCCGUGGCUAAAGAAGUGUGGGGCAAUGGACUGUACUCUGGCCCCCAUGCUGGGAGACAUAUGAUGUGCACCCAGCUGAUGAAAGGGACCAAAAGACCCACAUUUGGGAAUCAAUUUACCUUUUUAACCCAAGUUUUCUCAAGUGGAUGUGGCCUUGAAGAAGUUUUUGUGUGUAGCACUGUUAGCGCCCGCACAGCUGGCAUCUGUUCUGCCUGGAGAGUCUGCCCCCGUUCACAGUCCUCACUCCUAACCUAGGCCCAGCCCAGGCUGGCACAGCCUCUACUCCUGGGGACAGGCCUCCUUCCUGCUCGGCAAGCGGCCUCGCUUUCCCCAUGCCAGGUACUGGGCCCCCAACAGUAGCUGGCACGAGCCAUGCAGCCUGAGAAGAUGAACAGCCCGAGGGGGUUCCUGCCUAGACACAACACCAUGCAUCUCCUCGGCCCCUCGCUCCUGCUCCUUGAAUACUUGGCCUUCUCUGACUCAUCUAAAUGGAGGUUUGAGCACCCCCACACUCUCUACAGCUGGGAGGGGGCCUGCGUCUGGAUUCCCUGUACCUACACAGUUCACUACACGAGUAAAGAUGAGCUGGAAGAACUGAUCGUGUACAGAAACUAUAAAUAUGAUGAAGCCACCAAGAACUUCGAGGGGCUCAUUCUGUAUAAUGACACAAAGCCUUGGAAGUGUCCUGAUCCCCUGGAGAGGGUUCAGUUCCUGGGAGACCAAAGAUCCAACUGCACCAUACACAUCAACCCUGUACUGGAAGAAGACAAUGGCUGGCUGGGGCUGAGGAUGAUAAAGAAGAAUUCCAAAUGGAUGGAGAAAAUAGACCUCAAUGUCUCUAAGACCCCGCUUCCACUUCAAAUUCAGCUCCCUCCAGAAAUCCAGGAGUUCCAGGAAGUCACUCUGACCUGCUUGCUGAAUUUCUCCUGCCCUGGGUACAAUAUCCAGCUGCAGUGGUCCCUGGAAGGGGACCCUGGAGGGUCCCUGAAGGAGCGUGCCAUCACCUUGACCUCCCUGACCACCAAGACUAUCUCCACCCAGAGCAAGCUCACCUUCCAGCCGCAGUGGAUGCACCACGGCAAGAAUCUGACGUGCCAGCUCUGGGACCACAAAGCAGAGCAGAUGCUCUCCAAGGAAACGGUGUUGCUAGAUGUGAAGCAUGUCCCAAAGUUGAAGAUUGAGGGCAGUCCUGAAGGAGCCAAUGUAACAGAGGGAGAGUCUGUGACCAUGACGUGCCAGGUCAUUAGCAGCAACCCAGAGGCCCGGAACAUAGCCUGGCUCAAAGACGGCACCCAGCUGAGGGAGCAGACGACAUCCACGCUCACUCUGUUCUCUGUGACCAAGAAGAUGAGUGGAAAGUACCAGUGUGAGGCCUUCAAUGAUGUAGGCUCAGGACGGUCGGAUGCAGUGGUCCUCCAAGUAUAUUAUGCUCCAGAACCUUCCAGGGUUGAGAUCUUCUCCUCGCCAGCUAAGGAGGGGGAUAAAGUAGAGAUGACUUGUAUGUCACUGGCCAAUCCUCCUCCAACCAAUUACACCUGGUAUCACAACGGAGUGGCAGUGCCGGGAAGGACAAGCAAGAGCUUCCAGAUCCCAGCGGUCCUCAGCCAAGCUGGGAAGUACUCAUGCAUGGCAGAAAACAGACUCGGUCCUAGUCAAAUUGGCCAGGAGACUGAGUUAGACGUCCAGUAUGCUCCCAAGGAGGUAACCACGGUGAUUGAAAACCCCACGCGGAUUCAAGAAGGAGAUACCGUGACCCUGUCCUGUAACUACAGUUCCAGCAAUCCCAGAGUUACCCAAUAUGUAUGGGACUUCCAAGGCUCUCAGAUGAAACAACCAUACGAGGUGCUGAUAAUUCAAAAAGUUGCCUGGGACACCAGGCCAAUCACCUGUGCAGCCUGUAACCAGUGGUGUUCGUGGGCUCCCAUUGUCAACCUGGAUGUCCAGUAUGCACCCAAGGAUGUCAGGGUCCAGCAGAUCAUCCCCUCCUCUGAGAUUCACUCCGGAAACCGAGUCCGCCUUGAAUGUAACUUCUCAAGUAGCCGCCCCAGAGACGUUCGCUUCUUCUGGAAGAAAAAUGGAAUCUUUCUGAAGGAAGGAAAAGAACUGAGCUUCGACUCUGUCUCUCCAGAAGAUGCUGGCAAUUACAACUGCUUUGUCAACAACUCCAUAGGUCAGACCAUGUCUGAGGCCAGGACGCUCCAAGUGCUGUAUGCACCAAGGAUGCUGCAUGUGGCCAUCAGCCCAAAGGACCAAGUGAUGGAGGGGAAGAAGGCCGUCCUGACAUGUGAGAGCGAUGCCAACCCUCCGGUCCUCCUGUACACCUGGUUUGACUGGAAGAACCAAAACCUCCACCAUUAUGAUCAGAUGCUGAGAUUGGAUCCCGUGAAGAUCCAGCACUCAGGCGCCUACCGGUGCGAGGCCACCAACCAGCUGGGCAGGGUCCAGUCGCCCCCCAGUACCCUCACUGUCUACUACAGCCCAGAGACCAUCGGCAGGCGAGUGGCCGUCGGAGUGGGGUUCUGCCUGGCCACCCUCCUUCUGGCGUUCUGGGGAGUCAAGCUUCAGCGAAGCUGGAAGAGGAUACGGAGCCAGCAGGGGCUCCAGGAAAGUUCCAGUGGCCAGAGCUUCUUUGUGAGGAAACAAAAGGUUAGAAGGGCCCCGCUCUCCGAAGAGCCCCACUCCCUGGGGUGCUACAAUCCUGUGAUGGAAGAUGCCGUCAGUUAUGCUGCCUUGCGCUUUCCUGUCAGCGACAAUGACACACCAAGAACUGGAGAUGCAAGGACCCUGGAGACAGAGGGACCUUCUCCAAACACGGAUGACACUGUCACUUACUCUGUCUUGAAGAAGUGUCGAGUGGGCGACUAUGAGAACGUGCUUCCGGACAGUCCAGAAGAUGAGGGGAUACACUACUCGGAGCUGGUUCAUCUCGGGGUCGGGGAGCGGCCUUUGGCCCAGGAAGCCGUGGAAUACGUGACCCUCAAGCAUUGAGGGGCCACACCCACUGGAGCAGAGGCACCGAGGGAGAGACCAGAGGGAGAGACCAGGGACCAAGGAGCUGGCCCCACCCCUGCCGCUCAGCUGCAAAGCCACACGACCUCCCUUCCACAUCCAAGCACACGCACGCGCACACGCACACCAUCACUGAUGCCCCGGUCAGCGCCCAGAACUUUGUAUGUGGCCCAGGGAUGGGCUUCCUUCUCCACGCUGGUGACCCUGACCUUCCCAAAGACCUUCCUUGUCCGCUCUCCUUCCCACUGGGAAAGUCGUCUAAACCCCGAUCCUGCACUGCACACAUCCCCCUGCCCCUUCCUGGCCACCUGCUGCUUACCCCCACCCCCCACCCCCAAACCCCAUCCCCAGCUGGCCGGUGUCCCUGCUGGGGUCAGCUUGUGACUGUAUUUUUUCCUUUCCCUCUCCAUCCGUUUGGACCUCUCACCCCUGCUCUGAAAGCCCCACUCACUGGUCCUGUGCCUAAUUUCUGCCUCUGGGGCAAAGCACAGGGAUAGAGCGGCUGUCCUGAGCUGGGUUCUCCCCCACAGGUCAGCGAGGCAUUCCAUUACGCUGCUGCAGCCCCUCCCCAUGGGGGUCUGGUGGGCUGAGACACACACUGGUGUGGACAGACUGUGUAACACACACAGAGCUGCACAAUAAAGAUGGCUCAGAUACCACCUCAAA